AUGUCAGAAAGCUCAAUGGCAGCGCCAACACCCGAGCGCGAGCGCAAAGGGCCAUGGGCAAACAGAGUUCUCAGUACCGACAUCGAAAAGACACCUGAAUACGACGAGUUCAUCAAAAAGCUAUCAGAAUACCACGAGAAGCGAGGGACCACACUCACCAUCGAGCCUGAACUCGGACGGAAGCUCCUUGACUUGCGAAAACUUUAUGAGAAGGUGACCGCUCUAGGAGGUUACGACAAAGUAACGGAAGAGAAGGGUGCCUGGAGAGAUCUUGCGCUACAGUACAAGCUUGCUGCGAACAACACCAACGCAGGUUACCUUUUAAAGACGAUCUACUACAAGAAUCUCGCCGCCUACGAAAUUUCAAAUUUCUUCGGGAAAGAGCCCCCCCCAAAAGAGUGGCUAGAGGAGCGAUCCGCUGCCGGAGGGUCAAUCAUGACGAGAACCGCAGAAGAUUUUCAGGCGCCUUCGCCAAAGUCCGAAUCAAAAGUAGAGAGGUCUCCAACCCCACCACCCACGGAGAAGCGAAGUCUACGUCAAGCACCGACACCAAGAACUUUCUAUAAUCCGGAUACGACUUCUCAGCGCCAUAACCCACCCAGAGCCACAAGCUUACAGCACCAACAGCAGAACUCCCAGCAGUCGCAGCAGCAACAGCAAAACCAUCAAGUGUCACCUGGUAACCAGUGGAACGGAAGUGCUAUGAAUUUCCCCAAUUUUUCAUCGAACACGGUCAAUGCGCCCAUUGGAAUGCCUGUACCAACACCCAGAAAUGCUCCACAUGAGUUUAUCACCCAGAAAAGGAAGGCCGAGCAGUAUGCCGCAACAACAAAUAUGGCUAGGUUUGGAGUCGGUCACACAGGUCCUAGCAACAUGACACGCAUUGCAAUGGGAUUGAAAUCCGGCUUGCCAGAAGAGGUCGACUUUGCUUUGAGCCAGCUGGUUAAAACAUCAUACGAAGCCGGCGAUGACCUCCGCGCUGAACAAUUCCCUGGUUUAGCUGAGGCGCUGUAUGAUAAACUACAGUCAGUUACUCGUCUGAUGAAACUACACUCUCUCAACGGUAGCGAGGAAGUCCUGGAGGAUCCUGCAUUCACAAAGCAGCUCGAGAAGGUCAAUGAAGCGGCUUUGAUAUUACGCAACAUGUCCUUCCAGGUAGACAACGCUAGAUACUUUUCGCGCCUCAAGAAUGCUAGGUCUAUCAUAGUUGCGGGCCUGAACCUCCCCAACCAAACCUGUUUCAUGGAGUUAAAGCAUUAUAUUCUCGAUAUGGUCGAGUCAAUGGCUACCCACCUCGUGCUUUCAACGCAUGAUAACAUGUUUGAGGCGCUGCAUGUCAAUUUAUUAUCAGAUGACCGUGGUCUACUUUUGGGGUCACUCAAGUCAAUCUGUAGAUUCGUCAUGGGACGUGACGAAAGUAACCGCUUGGGAGAAAUUGGCAUGGAUGCCAUCAACCGAAUACGCAAUCUUCUGAUGCUUGAAGAUGAAGACUUGGUUUCUGCUUGUUUGGACUUUUUGUACCAAUACACUACUAACGAGGAAAACGUCGAGAAGCUUAUGCAACCUCCUGAUGGUAUUGAAUUGAUAAAGCAGUUGAUGAGAUUGUUACUCUACCAAGCCAUUCCCGGGGAACAGACUGUGUGGUUGAAGACUAGAAUACCUCGUCCAAGUCCGCCGAGAGAGAUCCCGAAUCUUCCACAGGAAAUCGUCAAUGACCUCCUGACUUAUAUGGAGCCAGAAAGAGCAACUAAGUGGAUGAGAUGCUGUUUUGAAGAAGACCCAAACUCGGAUAUCACCCAAAUCGCGCUUUGGCAGGCCUACCAAGCCCGCUUCAACGAUUACGUCCCGGCUGGCCGCAACCUUCUCCCCGCCGCUGAGUUUAUUAAGAAUGUCAGCAUCGCGUUCUCUGUUGCUUCCGCAAUGGUCUUGACUCUCCCCACAGGCGGUCAGAAGUUUAUCAUCAAAGGUAUCAGGGCUAGAGAGACUCCAAUGUCACUCAAAGGCCAGAUUUACGUUGCUUGCAAAUGGAUCGACACCACAGGCAACGGCGCUAGAUGCCAUGCACAGCUUCCGACGCCUCAGGACCUAUGGGUUCAUGUACUGAACGAUCAUAUCGGGGCUCCAACGGAUCCUGGGAGAAAACUGCACUGCAACUGGGGCGGAUGCGGAAAGUAUAAUCAUCAAGCUGGAGAAGAGGACCGCAGGAAAGUUAUUGGACAUGUCCGGACUCAUAUUCCUGACUUGAACGAUCUCCGCGCUGCCCGGAUCGCUGGAAUGGAGGAUGUUGACGGCGGCAUCGGGGGUGAUGAAGAGCCGAAUUCGAAGGUCAUCAUCAGGAGAAACCAAACUGGCAUUGAUGACCGCGGGGAGGCGGCAGGAAUCCCAUUAACUGCCGCCUUAGUAUUAAGGAACAUGGCCAGGAGGGGUAUGAACGAUGUUAGGGAGAUUUUGGGGGCGGAGAGGGGAGCGUUAUUUGAAGUUAUGGCAGUUAACAAGCCCCUUGCGGCUUAUGUUGCCGAUCUAUUAGUAGAGGAUGGUAUGGUUAUUGAUGAUUAG